AUGAAGAUGCAGUUGUUCAACAUCAAUUGGGGCCAUUACAGAUGGGCCAUCUUCUUCUGUGCUGUCUCCAGCCUGGGUGCGCUUUGUUUUGGGUACGACCAGAUAUACUACACUGGAGUCUUGGGGAUGAAAAGAUUUGUGCACGACUAUGGCACUACCCAUGAUGAGGAGGGAGGCAUUGCCUUGACUACUACCUUUCUCUCCCUCACGGCCUCGAUCAUUUACGUGGGAGAACUUAUCGGUGCCCUCCUCGCCGCUCCGAUCAAUGACUUCUUUGGCAGAAAGGGCGUCUUUCUUUGUGCUUCGAUUUGUAUCAUUGCCGGUGCCAUCACGCAAUGUGCCGACCAGGGCUCCAUGGGAGUCAUCUGCCUGGGUCGGAUACUGAUCGGUCUCGGGAUUGGUCAGUUUACAGUGACAUGCCUCCUGUAUAUUGGGGAGGUUGCACCGCAAGCCAUUCGAGGUCCGGCUCUAAUGAUGUUUCAAUUCAUGCAGUCGUGCUCUCAACUUGUCGGCUCAGGGAUCACACAGGGUACGGAAUCCAUCAGCACCACUGCCUCAUACCGUAUUCCCAUGGGGUUGCUGGCUUUGCUGCCGCUGGUGAUGCUCGUGGGGCUGAUCUUCAUUCCCGAAUCUCCGGUCUGGUACAUUCGACGAGGUCAAUCGGAGAAAGCCGCGAAAGCGCUCAUGAAGAUCAACCGAAGCAUGCCAGGAUACACACCUGACGACGAUAUCGCAGCCUUUAAUGACAUGGUCGAGACCGAACGACUUCGAGAAGCAACGACAUCGUGGAUGUCACUGCUGAGAGACCCCAUUGAACGACGAAAGCUCAUCUACUCAUGCGGUGCAAUGGUGGCGCAACAGAUCAACGGCAUUCAGUUCUUCUACUCGUAUGGGGUUGUAUUUGCACAGUCUAUCGGCAUCAAGCAAGCCUUUACGAUUUCCGUCAUCACCAACACGCUCCAGGUCAUUGCGGUGGGCAUGUCGGUCCUGCUUGGCAACAAAGUACGUCGUCGCUCGAACCUCCUGGUCACGACUAUCAUGAUGGUUGUGGCAUAUCUCAUCAUCGGAGGGCUCGGAGCUGGACCGUACACAAAGACUAGUUUUAGCACAACCAUCGUGGUCAUCUCAUACAUUGUCAUUGUGGCGUUCAACUUUGGCCACGGUCCGCUCGCAUUCACUAUCGCCACCGAGAUGGCCGUGGGACGCAACCGCAACAAGAUCAUGAGCUCGUCGAUUGUCUCGUUCUUUUUCACGGUAUGGGUGAUCGCCUUUACAAGCCCGUAUAUCUACUACAACGGCGGAUUGGGUCCUAUGUUGGGCUUCGUGUACGCCGGGACCACGUGCAUAACGCUUGCGUAUGUGUGGUUCUGUGUCGGCGAGACAACCGGACGCAGCCACUUGGAGAUUGAGCUGUUCUUCCAGAAGCACCUCUCUGCGCGCAAGUGGCAGACAUAUCAGUUCGACACCCUCGACAUCGUCUCUGACGAAGCCCGAGCUGCACUGAAUAUGGGGGUUGCGCGAAAGAGGACCAAUGGGCAGACAUUGACCGAGUUGAAUGCCGGCAAGACGACGACAGAAAAGCAAGUUACCAGCCCCAGCACCGGGACUAUUGACAGCAGCGCUUCUCAGGAGAAGAAGGAUCAGAGUGUUCAAGAGUUGGGAUGCAGAGAUAUCUACCGUCAACUAUCCGAUCUGCCUGUCCGAGGAGAAUGGGUCGAGGCAAAACAGGAAGAGGUAUCAAAGGUCUAG